AUGGCGAUGUACCCCCCUUUCCGUGCGGAGCACUUGGGCUCCCUGCUCCGCCCCCAGGAGCUCCUGGAUGUUAAGAUUGCCUCUGAGAAGGGCGAGGUCCCCGAGUCUCAGCUCAUUCCCGUCGAAGACAAGGCCAUCAACGAUAUUGUCGAUACCCAGAAGAAGCUCGGCUACUCUGGUAUCUCGGAUGGCGAGUACCGCCGCCACAGCGGGUUGCGUAGAGCUUAUUGCAGGGUGAUUGCUGACAACGGUGUAGUGUUCUGGGGUACCUUUUUCCCCGGCCUUGACGGUUUCGACGAGGUCACCGACUUUGAGACCGACAUCUUCCGCCCUUACGCCCCCGAUAUCGCUGCUUUCCUUGAGGCUGGCCACAAGCCCGGCGAGACCGUUCUCUGCACCGGAAAGAUCAAGCACGUCGGAAGCACCUAUGUCGACCAGUUCAAGUAUCUGGCUAGCCGUGUAUCCCCAGACGAGGUUAAGAACCUGAAGAUUACUCUAGCUGCCCCUAACUGGUACCACCUGCGUUACCGUGAGGGUAAGGCCUACCCCAAGGAUGUGUACAGCUCCGACGAGGAGUACUUCGGUGAUAUCGCCAAGGCCUACCAGGCCGAGCUGAAGAUCCUGUACGAUGCUGGAUGCCGCAACGUGCAGUACGAUGACCCUAACCUGGCCUACUUCUGCUCCGAGAAGUUCUUGGACGGCUUCAAGGCCGACAAGGGCAACGUUUACUCCGCGGAUGACAUGUUCGAGAAGUACAUCAAGCUGUACAACGAUAGCUUCAUCGGUCUGCCCGAGGACAUGCACGUCGGUGUUCACCUGUGCCGCGGCAACUUCGUCGGAAGCCGUCACUUCUCUGAGGGUGGUUAUGACCGCAUUGCCAUCAAGCUGUUCCAGGAGCUGAACGUGCACACCUACUACUUGGAGUACGACACUGAACGUUCCGGCGGCUUCGAGCCCCUCAAGCACCUGCCUACUCACAAGAAUGUCAUUCUCGGCGUUGUGACUAGCAAGUUCGCCACCAUGGAAGACAAGGAGGAGAUGAAGCAGCGCGUCAUCAAUGCUGCCAAAAUCAUCGCUGAGGGCAACAAGAUCUCCGUCGAGGCUGCCCUAAACCAGGUUGGCGUUAGCCCCCAGUGUGGCUUCGCUUCCCAUCGUGAGGGUAACGCUAUUGACUGGAAUGGCAUGAUUAACAAGCUUCAGCUUGUCCGUGACAUUGCCAACGACAUCUGGCCCAACCAGGCUUAA